ACUAACUUUAUAAAUAACAUGCUCUAUAUUGUUCACAAGUAACAACCUAUAAUUCACUUUCACUUGGGAUUUAGUGAUUCUCUACAAUCAUGGCAAACGAGGUAGUUUUGUUGGAUACAUGGGUUAGCAUGUUUGGUAUGAGGGUUAGAAUUGCAUUAGCUGAAAAGGGAGUUCAAUAUGAGUACAAAGAAGAAAAUCUUAGAGAUAAAAGUCCUAUACUUCUUCAGAUGAAUCCAAUUCAUAAGAAAAUUCCAGUUCUUAUUCAUAAUGGAAAACCUGUUUGUGAAUCAGCUAUUAUUGUCCAGUAUAUAGAUGAGGUUUGGAAUGAUAAAGCUCCAUUCAUGCCUUCUGAUCCUUAUGAGAGAGCUCAAGCUAGAUUUUGGGUUGAUUAUAUUGAUAAAAAGGUGUAUGAUACUUGGAGGAAAAUGUGGCUUUCAAAAGGGGAAGAGCAUGAGGAAGGGAAGAAAGAAUUGAUCUCAAUCUUCAAGACACUAGAGGAAACUUUGGGUGACAAGCCUUUCUACGGUGGUGCUACUUUUGGCUUUCUUGACAUUGGUUUGAUCCCUUUUUACAGCUGGUUUUAUGCUUAUGAAACAUAUGGUAACUUUAAAAUGGAAGUGGAGUGUCCUAAGCUUAUGGCAUGGGCCAAGAGAUGUUUGGAGAAAGAAAGUGUUUCAAAAACUCUUCCUGAUCAAAUGAAGGUGUAUGAUUUUGUUGUGAGCAUGAAGAAAUCACUUGGUUUGGAUUAGAGAUCAGGACUUAAUGAAUCAAAUUAAUAAUGUUUGCUAGUUAAAUAUGAUAUUAUUGUGUCAUGUGCUUAGAUAUAAGAUAUUAUACUAUGGUUUGCUAGACACUUGAGUGUGUCUACAGUAUGGCAUUUGGAACAUAGGAGUAUUGAAUGUCACUAUGGUUGUUUUAAGUUGAACACUUAUAUUUGGUCUAUAACUAAAUUACUUAUACUAUUUGGCUGUUAACUGUUUUCUUUAA